AUGGAAGGGAAUCAAGCUGCUGGACUCGAUCCGCUUCAUUUGUGGACGCCAGGACCGCUUAUUCCGGGAGAAGGUGCUGCGAGACCUGGUAAUGGCUAUAUUUUAAAAACUUCUAAUGUACUGUGGUCACAUAUUUCACAAAUGAACCGCUCAAAUCAAAUAAUGUUUAUGAAUAGCUUAAUUUCUGAUUGGCCUUAUUUUAUGGAAAAACAGGCAUUUAUUUGGCCGACCCGCUUAGGUUUUUUGACCAGUUCUGCUUCGUCAGGUUUGAUCGCAUCGAAAAUCUGCGCGGAUUUAUUUUUAUUCAAUAAAAAUGCACCAUUAUUGGAAAUAAUGCGGAAUUGCCCUAAGGUGCCAAUCAUUUUUGGUAUGUACACGUCUGCAUUUGUUCAUUAUGCAAUUCAACAGACGCAUGUGCUUAAUCCGAUUUUUAGGGAAGAGGAACCGUGCUCGUCGUGUAUAAUAACCCGAAACGUAGUUAACGGUUUAUUUUCAGGCAUUAUUGUUCCGCUGUUUUCUCUUCCAUAUCUUUGUUAUUACAUGGUGCUACAAGCUGAGAAAAGUAAUAAAUAUCCAGCAGUAAGAAAUCUGGUCGAGUUGUUUUGUCUCAGCUGGGAAGGCUCUAAGGCAUCCUGGAAAGUUUUGCCUUAUCUGAUAACUUUGCAUAUUACCAUAGCCAUUGCGGGCAGCUGCUCCUUACUUUGGAGUCGCAAAAGAAUCUUCGACUCGAUAGAUGCCGAUCCCGAACUUACAAGCGAUUUGAUAAGAAAUGUGGAACUGAAAAUUUCAUUUAGAGGCAAAAUUGAGACAAUGAUAAAUAAAUUUUCUUUUUUUCGCUCGUUUGUGGACAAUUCUGCUGAUCCACCUAGUUUAAAUCGAUUAAUUAUUAGUGAAAAGUUGAAGGGAGAUUUUAUCGAAGAAGAAAUUGGACGAGUAUCUAUAGAAAUUUUAGUAUUGCGUGUCUGGAAUAACUCGUUUAUUUCUUCGCGAAGCAUCUUUAGUUUUAGAGGAAUAAUCAGAAUUUUUUCUGACUACGCCACGAACUUAUGCACCAUGAAUGUGUCUAUCGCCAUCGCAAUAACCACGGGUCAUAUUGGCCUUCAAUCGGCUUGA